AUGGCAGCUCACGGUCUCUUUCAAAAGUAUGAGUCCCUCAACGCGCACUACCCAGGAGAACGGCCGCAGCUGGGGGCGGAUGUGAAAUGCGUGCAGUGCGACGGCUGUGACCGCGUCAUUACAUUUGCGGUCUUCCACAGCGAGUACGACGGCGGCGUGGACGUGUGCAACAUCUGUCGCGUCGCAGCGGAGCAAAGUGCGGACGACAGCGUCAUGUGCGCUGACCACCAGCGGCGUCUGUGCUUUGCGCGGCACCCGUUGUGCUUCGUUGGCCCGGCGCCGCUGCCGGAGCGCUACGAGGUGGACACCGAGGAGGUGGAGGUGGAGGGGCACCCCGAGCGGCUGCUCGCGCGGCGAUUCGCAAAGUCCGUGAACGUCGUCGCCCGCCGCGGGAAGACGGGACGGCCCCCGCGGCGCAGCAGCACGGGGAACGGCAGCCUUAAAAACAUCAACAACGGCAAUAGCAACAUUACAAGCAGUCACAGCAAGACACAGGCGGAACGAGAGGCGCGGGACGACGAUGAAUCGAGCGAAAAAAGACCAAGGCGCGGCCGUGGCCGGCCAGGGGCUGCUGCUGCUGCUGCUGCUGCUGCGGCCGCCACCAUCAUCACUCCUUCCGCGGAAACAGCACGGGCGACGACGGAACCAAAAGGAGCAGAAACGCCGGUAAACACGCCUGCACCGGAACCAGCAACGCCAGCCUCACCACCGGUGGAAGUGCUGCAAUUGUCGCCACAAGCGUUACCACCGGCAACACCACCACUGCCACAAUCGCCUCCACAUGACAUGCCGAAAGAAUUAUCGCCACACGACACCCCCAAAAUAUUAACGCCGACAUCAACACAAGUAGCAACGGAGGACGAGGUGCAAAAGGAGGGUCAAGUCUCCAGCAACGAUCAGACAGAGAGCUUGGAGUUGAGCGAGGGGGCCCGAGCGCGGCAAGUGAGGUUGGAACGAAUUGCCAACGGCCCGGUGGUGCGCUUCUUCCAUCACAUUCAGCCCGGCACAAAAAUGGCUGCUGAGCGUCCAACUUCCGUGGCCUCCCAGCCGCUGUGUGUGUUUGACCACGAAAACAUAAAAGAAUUCACGGUUGCUCCUGACAAGUGCUGUCGUACCCCGCAGGGGUUCGCUGGCCUCACAUCGUGUGGUAGUAUCCUCCGUGUGCGCAUCGUUCCGACGAUGCCGGACGUGGGCUUAUGGUUCUCGGUGCUAUGCGAGGAGGAGAGCUGCACACGGCUCGACAUAUGGCGCUGCCCCAUCAACAUGGGUGGUGGUAGGAAUGGCAAGGCCAGAUCUGGUGCUAUUGCUACUACCGCCUCAUCCUCUUCCUCCUCCUCGCGGUUUCCUAUUAUGAGCGGUGCUCUCCCCACACGCAAGUACAGCGUGUACGUUGGACGGCACGUGGGCGUGUCGAUGGAUUGGCUCCCCGUCCCUCUGCACCGACAAGAUAACAACACACUGGGUCUCUGCACCUUCAUUCGCGGAAGGUACCUGGUCUCCACAGUGCUGCCGCGCAAAGUGGCUGUCAAUUCCGUUGCCGGUUGCUGCGCCAACGUCGCUGCAGAGGUGUGUGGCGCGACGCUGCUGAAGCGCGAGCUCGACCUCGUCGAAGUACGCUGGAGUUCCAACGGCACCGUCAUGGCUGAGACGUUUCUCUUCGCCAUUGGCCGCUGCACCUCGGUAGUGGUUCUGCAGCCCACCGGGGAUACCCGCUCCGGCCGGCUAACGCUACAGGUGCUGCAUUGCAUCGAGGCGAAGGGCGUCGCGCCGCUCCCGCCGUUCGUGCCAUCGCCGCCGCUUGCUGUUGGCACCGCACGCGGCGGCCGCACGAUGCUGGUGAUGUCGCACGGGGCGAGCGUGGCGUGUUAUCAGGCGCCAGAGUUCAGCACGAAGCUUUUCGUUGCGGUGGACGACGCGGUGUGCGCUGUGCAGCUGCACGAGCGCGUCGUGACGGCGGGAUUGGUGAACGGGGCGGUGGUGAAUGUCAGCGGCGGGGAGACCGUCGCGCUGCUGGAUUUUCCACCCGUGCUUAUCGACCGCGGGAAAAGUGCUGAUGGCGCUGCUGCCGCUGCGGAUAACAGUGAGGAGGCCGAAGAAGCCAUGCUCGUUGCGGACACCUCGGGGGAGUGCACACGGGUGUGGCAGCGACGGCGGCAGCAGCGGAAACAGGCAGUGCUGGAGACGGAGUGCGUCCUCGCGCUGUGCCGCGUGCGGCGUGGACUGGGGCAGCGAGCGGCGCUGUUGAUGGGUGGCAGUAGCAUCGACGCGUCACUGCGCAACACGAAUGAAAGCGUGGCGCAGUUUACACAGCACCCGCUGCGGCAUCUGCUAGGGGUGCGUGGCCCGCUGCUCGCCUUUUACCCCGACGGUGCCUGGCUGCUCGCGCCCUAA